UUCCCCAUCCGCAUCCGCCGGAACACAGAACUUUGCGCAAUUGGAGUCCCUUGAUGUCAGUCAACUGCAGCUUUGCCACCAGCACCUCUCCUGAUUCUCUUCUCUGCUGCACUUGGCGACCAUAACGGCCGUUAGGGAAAGAAAUGCCAACGGGAUGAGGGGAUCGUAAGGCUAUGUAAAUACAAAAUGUAAAAUGUUUACGACACAUUGACGUGCAGUUUGCUUUUCGAUGAUCGCAGUUAUGGUUCCAAUCGAAUCCCGUCCGUGUGUUUUAUCCGCCACCGUCUCUAGCCUCGGGAAAAUGUACCCGACAAUUCUUGAUUGCAUUUUUUUCACAAACAAAAGAAGACACACGAAAAACCAAUAAAAGAGCACGACAGAAGGAUCGAUCCAGGUGCCCCCGCCUCAUGGAGAAGGUUGGCAAGGUGUGGAGCAACCUUAAGAGGGGAUGCCAAUCUCUGCUCCACACAGAUGGGGGUUCUCGAAUUGAAACGCCACCACCACAGCUUCAACCACAAAGAGACACAGUCUGCCAGAGUGUGGACAAGGCCCAGGGAGACAUCACACUGGAGGCUGCUAGUCCCUCUAGUAGUGUGGAGGCACUCCCUCUAGUGGCAUGGAGGACCGGUGGGAGUGUGACACGACAGGGCCAUAACUGUGUAGUGGAUGUACCCCAGAUUCUAGAGAUCACAGUAGAGCAGGAUACCGAAGAUGCUCGUGUUCCUAUGGGUGCCCGCAGAGACUCUUACACACGUCAUGCACCUUGGAGUGGAAAGAAGAGACACUCAUGUUCCACUAAGGCUCAGAGUUCUCUAGAGACCACUGAUCGGCGAUCAGGCCGGUCUCGUCGCAGACAUGGGACUGGUAGCAGCCAUGAGGAGCUGGAGUCAGGGGGAACACGCUCUCUACGACAGCAGAUUCAUGAUACAGUGGGCCUGUGCCUCCCACUGCGCUCAUCCUCUCGGAACAGUCACCUUCCACCACCCAAACGUAAGAUACAAAUCACAGAGCUGAUGCUGGAGACAUGCCCCUUCGCACCAGGAUCAGACCUUGCCCGAAAAUGGCACCUCAUUAAACAGCACACAGCACCAGUCCCAGUGUCACCAGUAGAUUCAUCCUCAGGUGCUUGCGGUGCUAUCUGUGCAUCGCCAGAAGAUGAGGAGGAGCGUUUGAGAGAGAGGAGACGACUCAGCAUCGAGGAGGGUGUUGACCCACCUCCAGAUGCCCAAAUCCACACAGUGGAGGCUGCCACAGCCCCUCUGGUUUCCCUUUAUAAACUGGGACCUAAGUUGGCCCCUGGAAUUGGUGAGGCCCUAGGCGAUAGCCGGGGGGCAACAGCAGCUAACUGUGAUUCUGAGGACGACGAUACCACCACUCUUUGCUUGCAAGCUCGCAGGCCCAAGCAGCGACAUGCUUCGGCAGAGGGCCACCUGAGCAGCAAGCAACAGGGGCCUUGGAAGGUACACACUCAGAUUGACUACAUCCACUGCUUGGUUCCAGAUCUGCUACAGAUCACAGCACUUCCCUGCUACUGGGGUGUGAUGGACCGUUAUGAGGCUGAAGCGCUGCUGGAUGGUCGGCCCGAGGGAACCUUUCUCCUGCGAGACUCGGCUCAGGAAGACUACCUAUUUUCUGUUAGCUUCCGCCGCUAUGGCCGUUCACUGCACGCACGCAUUGAGCAGUGGAAUCACAAUUUCAGCUUUGAUGCACACGACCCUUGCGUGUUCCAUGCAGCCACCGUCACGGCACUCUUGGAACACUACAAGGACCCUAGCGCUUGCAUGUUCUUUGAGCCAUUGCUCACUGUGCCUCUGCACCGGACCUUCCCAUUUGGCCUGCAAAGUCUGGCUCGAUCAGCCAUUUGUAAUGGGAUCACCUAUGAUGGCAUCGGGGCACUGCCACUGCCCCCUGCUCUGCAGGAUCACCUCAGGGAGUAUCACUAUAAGCAGAGGGUGCGCGUACGCUGGCUUGAGAGGGAGCCAGUCAAGGCCAAGUGAGGCAGGGCAGAUACUUCUCAGCUCUCCAAUAGGAGUAGUCCGUUCAGCACUUUGCAGAGGUGGAGGAAUUACAGUUCUUUUUUUUGGUGGGGGGGGGGGGAGUGGGGGUUAAGGGGUUGAAAGGAGGGACCUUAAACUGAAACCUAUAUAAGCUUCUAUCAUUUUUUGUUAUCACUCUAACAAACAAAGAAAUCACAUAUACAUUGGCUCUCCAGUGUGCACAUUUCACUACAGCUUCUGGACUCUGGACUUUGAAGAAGCAGCAGAGGUCUUAGUCUCCUUUUUCCUUUCCCUCAGUUCCCAUGGCUGUGGGGGAAUCUGCAGAUACAUAUAUUUUCAUGCCCCUCCACUCUUUCACUGCUCGACUAUGUGGUUUAUAUCCUUUCCAUUUUAUUUGUGUUGUACCAUUCACCUGUUCUUAAUUCCCUUGCAUUAAAUAUGCAUUGUUAAUGUUUAUUCAAAGUAACAUUGCGGACAAAUGUUGAAGGGAGGGGAAAUGAAGGGUGAUGUUAAAAUAUUGCUUUUCCAGGUUCUUUCAUCAUCCUUAGCUUUCAUGGUGCUCUGUCAGUGGUUCCUAUGGUAACAUCCUGCGCUCAUUCCGUUGUUAAAGGAGGAGGCGUUCUAGAGCAGGACACAGAAAGGCUUUCACCUUGCCUAAUUGAGAACGUGAUGGAGAUUUCCAAGAUGGAUUGACCUUACACUGUGUGUCCAGACAGCUUUUGGGAAUGCGUUGCAGUGGAGAGAAGGGUUCUAUGCUGUUCUGCUUCCAGGAAGCUAUAAGGAUGAUGUGCACAACGUGACACGGUGUGAUGUGAGAGUGCUUGGUUUUCAAAAAACAUUACUCACACUCUUCGUUCUGUUGCUGUCAGUGUUUUGUAAUCAUUAAUUCCUACCACUAAUUGCACAGGGAGGGUUGACUUAUUCUGUUUUGUCUUUUUUUGUUGUUGUUUUGAAUGGUCUAUCAGAGACCUGGAAAUAGGGCGCUGGUUGAGAGCACUUUAACUUAACUGUGCUUAUGUAAGUUGGUGAAGCAGAGGCAAUACAUAAACCUGCUACAUUGGGACCAUUGUUUUUAGGCAUAAACACCCUCCUAUAUAGAUAUAAACAGUCUACUUUCACUUUGUCUAGCCCAUAUUGUUCUGUUUUGAGGUGACCCCAUAAGUGCCAUUGGAUUUGGGAUGAUUUAAUAAUUGAUUAUUUGGAUAAUUCACCCAAAAAGGAAAAUUCUCUCAUUGAUUCCGCAACCUUAAAGACCUCUGUUCAUCUUCAGAGCACCGAUAAAAAUUUUAUUUAAUGAAACCCAAGAGCUUUCCGACCCUACAUAGACCGCAACAAAAACCACUUUCAAGACCCAGAAAGGUAACAAGGACAUCAAUAAAAUAGUCCAUGUGACAUCAGUGGUUCAACCAUAACUUUAUUAAACUGCAAGAAUAUUUGUGUGCAAAGAAAACAAAAACAAUGACUUUACUCCACAAUUUCUUCUUAUCCAUGUCAGUCUUUGACGUGCAUUCACAAGAGUUCACCAUGACGCAUGUGGUGCUGCUGACGCAUAAAAUUGAUUCUCGUAGCUUCAUUAACAUUCAGGUUGAUGAUGUCACAUGCAUUAUUUUAAACAUUGUCCCUACUACCUUUCUGGGCCUUGUGUUGUGUUGCUGUCUAUGCAGGGUCAGAAAGCUCUCAGAUUUCAUCCAAAAAUACCUUUAUUUGUGUUCUGAAGAUGAACAAAGGUCUUACAGGUUUGAAAUGACAUGAGGGUGAGUAAUUAAUGACAGAAUUAUUAUUUUUUUAAUUGAACUAUCCCUUUAAUGAUCUGUAGUACAUUAAGAAGAUUCUUUUUUUGAAAGCAAGAGCCCCCAGGCCAAGACCAGCUUCUUUUUCACUUUAGAAUCAGCCAUAUCCGCACUCAAAUUUCUUUGACUAAAAUGAGGGAUUUCAAAUACCACGGUUGUUUUUGAUGAAUGCUGGAAAAAGGAAAAGACAGAUUUCUAACUUUCGUGCCAUUUGCCCCAUCUGUUUAGUCUCAACAAAAGACCUAGAUCACUUUAGCAGUGUGCCUUCAUACAUCUAAAACUUUUAGUUCAUCAUAUGGUGCAUUCAGUGGAUGGGUUGCUAACAGUUGUCCUAUUGGAAAAAAAAACAUGUUUUUCAGUGACUGUUCCUGCACUGAGUGCCAAUGGCGCUGUGAGACAUCCUCUUCAUGUGCCUGGUGCUGAUGUGUGAUGUAUUUUGAGUACUGCUAGGGAUACAACUAUUGAGUCCCACAUCUUUCUGACUUGUUUUCGAUCGAUGAGAUGAGGUAGAACUGCCAAAUGCUCAGCUCAGGCACACAUUUACAUUACAUUUAUUCAUUUAGCAGACGCUUUUGUCCAAAGCGAUAAAAAACAACAACACCUAAGCAGCAGUGUGGUACCAUGCGACUAUAACCAGCUUUGUGUGCUUGUGUGAAUGUGUUGCACUGCCCCUGACCUCCCCAUCAACCGCAAGAGACUUCUGCUGAUAUGAAAGGUUUUGUGUUAUCCGUUCCUCCCAAGCAACACUAAUCCACAGUCUAUCCUGAUGCAUUUAAAGUCGUCUUCCUGCACAUUAUCCUGCUGAGUCUUAUUCCUUGCACAAGAAUGGAUGUCGGGGUCAUUGUGGGAAGAAUUCAAAGACCCGGGGAGGGAACUUUGGGGUGAUGCUGACUCACCACUGUGUGGUGUGUUCCCCCUCACCUCCUCUCUUUCUGUACGGUUUGGGUGAAAUUAGUGCAAUUUAGACAGAGCCUUGGCUUAGAUGGAGGUUAUGAAGCAGGUUUCAGGUUGACAUGGCAUCUGAAGGUGCCAGCUGUCCUGCUAACCACUCGCCUGUAAAAGUGUCAUGCUUGGCUUCGCUCCAGACACUCCACACUGCACUAACUCAUGAAACUUGAGGUGAACCUACUUAUACCUGUGUGUACCAAUUUUCAUCAGGGAUGGAACAUAUGCUCAGUCAGAUGGGGGGCAGAGAUGGGGUCCUGGUGCCUCUUCUCUCUCCCCCAGUUUUCCCUAGUUUUACUAAAGACAUAAUGGAUAAAAAAAAAAAAAAAAUAUAUAUAUAUAUAUAUAUAUAUAUAUAUAUAUAUAUAUAUAUAUAUAUAUAUAUAUAUAUAUAUAUAUCACACAUGCAGAUUUUUAAAUAAAAUAUUUUUAAUAUUAGUAAAGAAAAUGCAAUAACAAUCUUGGGCUUAGCUCUAAUGGUGACCCUUCUGAAAACUGAUGUGAAUUUUCUGGGAAGUCGGUCUCCUUUGAAAUUGUCUCCAGGUUAGGAUCAGUGUUCACAUCGUGAGAAAAAUGGACAUGGUGCAAUGUGUUAUAAAUGUAUGAGAGAGAUACUAUGGAUUAAUGUGACCAAAGGUUUCAGUUUGGUGAAAAAAAUGUCAGUGCGAUAGCUUUUAGAUCCCAUCCUCACAAAAUGAUUACAAAAAUGUUCCAAGGUAAAUGUUUUCAAAGUUAGAAAGGGCCUUGUUUAAGACCCCAAAGGUGCUAAUUGGCUCACUGUAUAGAUUUAUUAACUUUCAGAAGUGCCUUUUCUUACCCUCUCUUCAAGGUCACUAGUCUGGAUCAUUUGCAUGUUGCAGCAAAUCAAAAUUCCCUGUUGUAGAAAAUGCAACAAAAACAUGCAUUCGUUUUAUUUGUUUUUCUACAAGCGUGUAGUUGGGUGCCACAAGAAAGUUGAAAAUCUCUCAAAGAAUUAGCCUGCACAAAGCUUUUAAUCUCCCAUAUUUUAGUGCCCAAUUUAAGAUCUGGAUAUGCUAUCAGAAGAAUGUAGUUAAACAUGAUUAUCAAAUAUUUAUAGACCAUCAUGUGUAUGAUUGACUCAAGUGAUCAGUCAGCGUGGAUGGAGACUUCAUAAUUAAGAUAGAUAAAAUAGAUAAAAGGUCAUAAUUCUCAGAUGUGAUACUAAUGCUUAGAUUGGCAGCGUGUUGCCUCACAUGAUAUACACCUAUCAAUACCCUGGUGUAGCUGGAAUUUAUUUUAGAAAGUAACAAGACUAUGUUAAAAUAUUAGAAAGAAAGUGAUUUUGUGUGUAGAGCCUUGCACAUUACCUACAGGAAAGAAUUUCUGUUCAAUGUUAUUUGAUAUGUUCACAAACUAUAGGGAGGUUGUGUUUGACAAUGUUUAGACAGAAAUAAAAGACUGGCUGUCCAACUUGUAUUCGAUUCUGUUGAAUCUGUUUCAGAUUCACUACAUCACAAGCAUCAUUAUGGUAACUAUGUUACUGUAAAGCUCUAUGUGCACAUUUGUUUUAGAGAAAGGGGCUGAAGAUGAAGUUUAGGACAAGGAUGACUUUUGCGCCACCCAUGACCUGCCUUUGUAUUUCUGAUAGGACCGUUGAGACUAGCCCCUCAAAACAAUUGCUGAGACAUGCACCAUGGAUUAUCUGGGGUGAAAUGGUUAUCACUGUCUCUCACCAUCUUUUAUGUUUCAAUCAUUAUUAUUUGUAUACACUGCCCAAGGUUUGUUCUGUAUGAUGUAAUUCCUCUUGAUGCCCUUUCUCUUAUCUUUCCUUCAUUCUCUCUAAUGUAUGGUUAAUGGUCCCUACUCCCAGGCUGUUACUAAGUUGCUCUGUUGUACUAUUUGGUUUGACUUUCAGUUACAGUUUGCUGUUUUUGGGGGGCAGAGGGUUGCAGCUCAGCAUGCCCCUCUUUCACCAGUACCUGUCACUCUUGGUGCUCUUGGCUUAUGCUUCAUUGUCUUAAUACUCAGAAAUAAAAGUGUUCUAUGUGUAA